CCUCUUUUUCAAUUGCAUUUCUCAGACACUACAUUUGUUCCCACCGAAAGGACCUUUCACCUGCUCUCUGGGCAAAAGGUAACUGAAAAUGUCAGACACUGAAGAAGUCAUUGAAGAAUAUGAAGAGGAACAGGAAGAAGACUGUAUUGAACAAGAAGAGGAAGAAUGGAUAGAGGUGGAUGACGAAGACGACGACGAACAAGUGGAAGAAAUCAAGGAAGAUGCAGAAGAAGCCAUAGCAGAAGAACCAGAAGAGCAAGCUAAAGAACAAGAAGAAGGGGAAUCAAAGCCCAAACCCAAGUUGUUCACGCCUAAUCUGAUCCCUCCAAAGAUCCCUGAUGGAGAGAGAGUAGACUUUGAUGAUAUUCACCGGAAGCGAAUGGAAAAAGAUCUGAAUGAAUUACAAGGUCUAAUUGAGGCGCAUUUUGAGAAUCGGAAGAAGGAAGAAGAAGAGCUGAUCUUCCUCAAGGACAGAAUUGAGCAGCGACGAGCUGAACGAGCUGAACAACAACGGAUCCGUAGUGAGCGGGAGAAGGAACGCCAGGCCCGUCUGGCUGAAGAGAGAGCUCGAAAAGAGGAAGAGGAAGCCAGGAAGCGGACUGAAGAGGAUGAGAGGAAGAAAAAAGCUUUCUCCAACAUGCUUCAUUUUGGAGGCUACCUUCAGAAGACAGAGAAGAAAAGUGGGAAGAAACAAACAGAGAGGGAAAAGAAGAAAAAGAUCCUCACUGAGCGCCGUAAACCCUUGAAUAUCGAUCAUUUGAAUGAAGACAAAUUGAGGGAAAAGGCCAAGGAACUGUGGCAGAGCAUUCAUGAUCUUGAGGCUGAGAAAUUCGAUUUACAGGAAAAGUUCAAAAGGCAGAAAUACGAGAUUAAUGUUCUACGGAACCGCAUUAGUGAUCAUCAAAAGGUGAAAGGCUCCAAAGCUGCCCGUGGAAAGCCUGUGGUUGGUGGCCGAUGGAAGUGAAAUGUGUUUCCUGUCUAGACUCUGAAGACAGCCAUUCAAUACAUUUGAUCCACUCUCCCAGUCUGUGUGGUUCAGAUGAAUGUACCACGUUGUCUAGAUUUCCCAGAAGAAGCUGCUUUCUAAAGGCCUCACUCUAUAACUGCACAGCCCCAGCAUUGCACGAUGGAAAUGGACAGAUUACCUGUCACUCAAGUUAAUAAAUUUGUGUCUGUAAAUAAAGCAACUAAAA